UUUUUCUUCUCAAGGAGGAGCUACUCAUCCGACACGCUUUUUUCGACAUGCACAAAGUGGAGGUUGAGACAGAGCUAGCAGCAGUCCGUGGAGGUACUUUGUUUACAGUCUGCACCACAGGCCCCCAACGGUGAUGCCUGUUGAACACAUCGGUACCAUCUGACCUGCGACAGCCAGGAGAAGAGCCUCAGCUUCGGUCUUUUUUGAGAAACCAACCGGCCUGGCGCGAGCUCCAGUCCUCCCCCCCAACCUACGACCUCCUACCUGUCCCGCUCCAGGAGAGGGAAGCGAAGAUGUCUCAUAGAAGAAGCCAAGUCAAGGCCCUCUACAUGUCCUUGUUGUUGGUGUGCUGUAUGUCCCGCGGUGGAGCCGAGUACUCGAUCUGUGGGGAGUUUGAGUUCUUCAACCAGACCAGCAACAGCUGUCAAGCAUGUCCUCAGUGUCAGCCAGGGCAGGAGCCUCACAUGUCCUGUGGCUACGGGGUGAAGGACGACGACUUUGCCUGUGUGGCAUGUCCGCACGGGAAGUACUCCAAGGGGAAGUAUGAGAUCUGCCGACGCCACAAGGACUGUGAUGCACUCUACCGGGCCACUAUGCUGAGUGCUGGGACCACCGACAGUGAUGCAGAGUGUGGGCCCUGCCUGCCCGGGUACUAUAUCUUGGAGAACCGGCCCAGAAACCUCUAUGGCAAGGUGUGCCACUCCUGCCAGAAUGCGCCACGCAACACCAGAGAAUGCAUGAAAACUACAGUGGUGCCUUCUGGGAAAGUACAGAAGGAUCCUGGAAGCACCACCAUCUUCCCCCAUCCACAUAAAGAUGCUACAGGACAGGGUCACCUGGCAACAGCUCUCAUCAUCGCCAUGUCAACCAUCUUCAUCAUGGCCAUAGCCAUUGUGCUCAUUAUCAUGUUCUACAUUCUGAAGGCCAAGCCCAAUGGCCACGCAUGCUGUGCUGGGCAAGUGGUUAAGGCGGUAGAAGCUCAGGUCAACAAACUGGAGGACAAGAAAGAUGUUUCUGAUAAUGUGGUUAUCUACUCAGAAAAGGAUGAGUUUGACAAACUCAAGACACCAAUACAGAAAACAGUGAAAAGUGAGAACGACGCGUCGUCGGAGAACGAGCAGCUGUUGAGCCGGAGCAUGGACAGCGACGAGGAGGCGGCCCUGGAGAGGCAGGGCGGAGUGGAGCCCAACGGCGCCAACCCCAACCCCAACCUGUGCCUCCUCAACCUGGGGAACAAACCCGACCUCUGCCUGCUCUCCCUGGGACUCCUGGCUCGGGAUCGCACCCCAAAUGGCACCAUCGCCACCCCCAACCCGGGCAAUAACAUAUCAGCCAACCACAUCGGCAGCUCCGGCCAGAUCAACAACGCCAACCACAUGAGCAACGCGAACCACAUAAGCAACGCCAACGCCAUCAACAAUAACAACAAAUCUACAGGGAUUCUACAGAGUCGCAGGAAAAAGAUCCUGGAUCUGUACGCCAGAGCCUGCAGUGUAGCAGAGGGGCUGAGCCCAACGGAGCUGCCCUUUGACUGCCUGGAGAAGGCCAGCCGCAUGCUGAGCUCCUCGUACAGCAGCGAGGCGGCUGUGGUCAAGACCUGGAGGCACCUGGCCGAGAGCUUCGGCCUGAAGCGCGACGAGAUCGGGGGCAUGAGCGACGGCCUGCAGCUGUUUGAGCGCGUGAGCACGGCCGGCUACAGCAUCCCCGACCUGCUGACGCGGCUGGUGCAGAUCGAGAGGCUGGACGCCGUGGAGUCUCUGUGCUCCGACGUGCUGGGCGUCAGCGAGAUGGCGGCGGCGGCGGUGGCGGCGGCGGCGGCGGUGGGCCUAGCGGCGGGGAGUCCGACCGGUGUGGGCUGCCAAGGGAUCGGCAGCUUCCACAGUCAGCUGGCCUGCUCCUCCCCGCCCCCGUCCCUCUGCCCGUCCCCGCGCUGCGCCAGCGUGUGAAGUUUUUGACGGAGGAUGGACGCAUAUUGGACAACAUGGUGUCUUCCGGAAAUAUGUAUUUUACAUCCGUCACAAUCACAUGAAGAAUGUCAUUGGCCCCCACCCCACUUUUUGGACAUCGGCCCUGUUUCUGUGCCGAUGACAGUGACGCAAACUAUCAGCAAUCAUGUUUGGGUUUUUUCUUUCUAUUAGUUCUUUGGUCUUUCUUUCUUUACUUUUUUCUUUCUUCCUUCUUUGCUUCCUCUUUAUUUAAAGAGCUUGGGAACACAGAAUAAGAUCACUGAUCAAAAGGCGCUGGAUGCCGGCAUUAAAGAAAAAAUAGUUUUAAACUUGAGCUGCACUUUGCACAGUAUUCAGACUGCAGGGGAAGUGAUAACUGCAAGCAAUCAAGCUUGAUGGAAAAAUACUUUUCUACUUAUUUUCAUCAAGAUUGUAGUUUGAUGAAAGACGGGACUUGACGGGACUUGAGGUAAAUGCAAUGAAAUUGCAUUAUGAGAGACGUUUCCACACGUCUUUUCCCAUGCCCAUGCUCGGUCGGGCUUUGAUGCUCAGACCAGAACAAUUAUUACGUUUUCCACCAAACAGAAACUCUCUUACUUUAACACCAGCCAUGACUCAGCAACAUCCUCAGCGUCCUUCUCUUGGUUAAUCCUCAAAGCAUUUGCAGUUGUGAUUGAACUUAAGUCACACAGGAAAAAAACCUUCUUUCUCACUUCUUACCCAGCCAUGACCUAGAAUACC